AUGGACGACAUGAUCCACCGCUACGCGAAUCUCAAGCAGACUCCUGUGUCCGUCAAGAACAUGAUCGUCUUCGGCAAGGACGCCAACAUGAACACCCUCCUCCGCUCCCACGCCUUCCUGCGCUACGAGCUCCCCAUCCGACUGGCCCACAUCGCCAAGGAGAUCACCGCCCUCCCCGAGGAGCUCCUCGAGGUAGAGCCCGUCCAGAAGGUCCUCAACUGGUACCGCCUCUCCUUCUCUGAGGUGAUUGAGUCGCCGGUGCCGAACGUGGCGGACAUGGAGCUCAAGACGGAGGACGAGCAGUGCGCGUCGCUGCACCAGUUCCAGGACAUGCUGGACCACAUCAAGGAUCGUCACUCCGGCGUCGUCACCACCAUGGCCGAGGGCGUGCUCGAGCUCAAGAACCGACUCGGCCGCGAGAUGAUCGACACCUCGGUCCAGUUCUUCCUUGAUCGAUUGUACAUGAACCGUAUCUCCAUUCGAAUGCUGAUCACGCAGCAUCUGGAGCUCUUCAAGCAGGCGCAGACCAACAACAACCUGUGCGCCAUCACCAGCGGCGCCAGCGGGCGCAAGAUUGCGGAGGACGCGGUGGACGACGCGCGAUAUCUGUGCUCGAACAACUACUCGGUGUGUCCGUCGGUGCAGAUCAUCGUGCCGCCGAAGCUCGGCACCGAGACCAGCGCGGGCGCGCCCACCCUCCCCUACGUGCCCUCCCAUCUCUACCACAUGCUCUUCGAAACGAUCAAGAACUCGCUGCGUGCGGUGGUCGAAGUGCACGGGGCCAACGCGCAGAGCGAGGACGACCUGCCUCCGGUGCGGGUGGUGCUGGUCAAGGGCACGGAAGACCUCACGAUUAAGAUCAGCGACAUGGGCGGCGGCAUCCCGCACGCCGAUGUGCCCAAGCUGUUCACCUACUUCUACACGACCGCCGCGCCGCCCACCAAGGACACCCUCGACAGCCUCAACGAGGGCGCCGCACCGAUGGCCGGCCUUGGCUACGGUCUGCCCAUUAGUCGUCUCUACGCCCGCUACUUUGGCGGCGACCUCAAAGUCAUUCCCAUGGAGGGCUACGGAACGGACGCCUACAUCCACCUGAAGGCGGCGGGCGAGACGCGGGAAGUGCUGCCCGAGUACAGCCCGUCGACGUACCUGGGCUCGCAGGCCAACCUGCGCGAAUGGCUCAACGUCGACAACUGCGCCUUCCAACUGUAA